AGACCCCAAUUACCGAUGAUUGGCCAACCCGUGGGAAUGUUCCUGUUCCCCCUGCGCGCUGAUUGGUCGGUGGGCGGUCCGCGCCGCCUGACAGGCUGCAGCGUUCCGGGUUAUUGUCAGUCUCCGCAGCUCGGCGCCAGGGCAGGACCGCAUCCCGGAGCUGCCUGACGCAGCUAGCUCUCCAUUCAGACUCCACCGGUUCCACUGGGUUAGGACACCAGGGCGAGUGGCUCGGAGAGUGUCCAUCGAGCUCCCUCCUCAGCCUCAGCCGGACAUCGGAGUCUGAAAAGACAAGACCCCGAGAGAGGCAGCGGACACCGCGGAGAAAGUGACGGGCGGAGCGGAGCCGGAACACCGGGAUUCUCCAUCGCAUCAGUUUGGUGUAUUUCAGGCAGCUGGUUUCCUCCAGGGUGCCGACGCACACAUCCGAUCACAUGUCCAACAGUCGCGUGCUCCAGUUCCCCGCGGCCGUCUCUCGCGAGCAGGAGGACCCCUCUGAGCACAUGCGUAACGGCGCUGGCUGCUGGAAUACUGCGUAGCAGCUCGACCUCCCCGUCCCUCGGCUGCGCGUUUCGUUAUUUGGAGAUAUCUACACGCGAACAGAGGAGCCUCCAAGACCUCCUCCCCGGUCCCGGGGCUGAAGGCUGAACGCCCGGAGCGCACUCGGUGCGCAAUCCUUCCGAGGAAGAUCCCGAAAAAAACCGAGUCGAGAAAAAAGGCAAAGCUUAUUAACUUUACAUGCUGGAGGCUAGAGUGUGGAAUCUAAUUCGCAGGGUUGCCGGUAUAUUUGCAUCCCAUUGGAAGAAGAGGAUCCACUUGAUCCACAUUUGGCAUCGACAAAGCAGCUGCUGGAUGUCGGGGACCAGAAUGAAUCCUUUUUAAUUCACACCACAGAAGCACGAGGCAGAUCGGCGGAUGCUACAAUCUGCCUGGAGUUCGAGUCUGCACUACGGAGCAAUUUAUGUGAGGGGGAAACCGUCCUGCUUCAGUCUCAACCCACAGCGUCCCCUUCCUGCCUCUCAGCCAAUGGGCUGUGAGGAUGGGCUCGCUGUGAAGUGAGUGUCCUCGCCCAGAGGACGGGGAGAAAGGGUUCUGUGAAGAGCCGUAAUGAGCCGGAGAGGAAGCGGCACCGCGAGCUCUUCAGCUCAAGCACCUGGCGAGGAAUAGAGCGGCCCCUCUUCCUCUGCAGUGUGUAUAACGCCAUCAAUCACCACGAGCGCUCCUCCCCUCUGAGCGCCUGUGUUUGUUUCCUGGACGUGGGAUGCGGCUGGCGGAGGUUCUGUUGAGCUGCAGAGUGACUGCCGGCCUGCGCUCCGAACCCGUGUCCGCCAUGCCGCCCCAGUGCAGGUCGGCCGCAUCGCUCCCCCGGCUGGAGGACUGCGCCCCCCUCGCCAUGCUGGCCUGUCUGCAGAGGAGGCCGAACCCUCCGCCCCCGCACCCGCUGUGUGCCAGCAAGACCCCGGAGCCUCUGCAAGCCCUCGGGCGGAAAUGUGAGCUUGUGGUUCCCACACAUUCCCCACGCUAUCCCACCGCGGCAGAACUCGAUGCCUUCGCUCAGAAGACGGCCAGCAGCCCUCUCUGCAUCAAGAUCUUUCCCACCAACAUCAGGGUUCCCCAGCACAAGCACCUUAAUCGGACUGUCAAUGGCUACGACACCACAGGGACGCGCACUAUUCCCUACCCACACAUCCACACAGGGGGCCACAACGGCCUGCUGGCCGUCAUCAAGGCCUCCUCCCCCUCCACCACCUUCAUCUCUUCUAAAGGUGUUCUCAAGAACUGCGAAGGCAGACGGACUACGCUCUCUCCUGCCCACAUAGCCGUGGCCCCAUACCCGCCCCCUAGUAGCAGCACUUUAGCCAUUGGCCAUGGCCACAUGGCCUACCACAAUGGGCCCUCACAGCCCCCAGAGGGCCCCGUGCUAUCGGUUCCCCCAAACGUGACUGUAGCUGGCUCAGUGGCUCCUGCAGCGGGGGGGCGGGCCCCGCCUGCACAGUCCAACCUCCCCUCCAUCCAGAGCAUCAUCUACCAGAUCAACCAGCACUGCCAGGCCCAGGCGCUGCAGCAGGUGUGCCAAGGGGCGGCCCCCGCUUCACAUUCCAGCCCCUCCAGGCAGGGCGGCGCCGCCUCGGGGCUCUCCUCCGGCUCCUCGGGCGGAGGCUACGUGGUGGGGAUGGGUCCCCAGGCGAACAUGGUGUACGCCGGGCUGCCGACUCACAACGCAGAGGCUUUGAAGGCCUCGGCGUACACAGAUGGCGUGGACUACAUCCUCUGGCAGCAGCAGCAGCAGCAGCAGCAGGCGAUGCUCCGCAUGUACAGCGGAAGCAGCGGGGGAGGGGGCGCCAUCAGCAAGUCCCCAGAAACGUGUGUUCCAGGGGGCCUCGUGGCGGCACAAGUCUCCUCCUCCAGGCCGUACCACCUGACCGCCGGCGGAGGAGGCGGCGUGGACAGAGUCAGCUCCUCCCCUCUGAACUGUGUGGGGAUGCACGGGAAUUUCUCAGUGGGUCAAUAUUUGGCCCCGCCGUGGAACAGCGUGCUGGUGACGCCUGACAGUGACUGCUACAACCCCCAGGAGCUGUUGGCCAGCUCCACAGGAGGGCCGGCGACGGGGCACCGAGAGGCGGGCUACCCCCCCCACCCUGCUGCGGUCAGCGGGGGGGGGGGGCUGUGCUGCAGCCUGCCCAGCAGGAGCGUGUGCAACACGUCGGUGCUGAGCAGCAGCCUGCAGUCUCUGGAGUACCUGGUCAACGACAUCCGCCCGCCCUGCAUCAAGGAGCAGAUGCUGGGCAAAGGCUACGAGGCGGUGUCGGUGCCGCGCCUGCUGGACCAGCAGCACGCACACAUCCGCCUCCCUGUUUACAGAUCGGGUGGCAGAGGAGCAGCGGCUCAGAGGCGGGAAUGUGGAACUAAAUCAGAGUUAAGGAGUAGAUGUGUUUCCUGUAGCUUGCUGAGCUGCUUGAGCUCGUGUGGGCGCUGAGCGGCCUGACCCUCGGCUCGCUGGGGUCAAGGGAACCCCGAAUAUGAACGCUUGUUGUGAUCGCCGACGGGAAGAAAAGGGAUUCCAAGAUUCUCCAGAUGUUCAUUGUGUGGUUUGACAUUAAUAGGAUUUUUUAAAUGAUUGAUUUCUUCAGUUUUUUGUUGUUUUUCUCGCUGAACGUUUUGAUGAGCCUCACAGCCACACAUGACGUCAUAUGACGCUCCACGUCCUCAGGCUGAAGCCACUGUGGAGCUCACUGGACGGGUCUCAGCAGGGCCAACGCUCCGGAUGCUUCCCAGAUCCACAACACACACACACACACAGGCAUACAGGCAUACAGAGACACACACACACACACACACAGGCAUACAGAGACACACACACACACACACAGGCAUACAGAGACACACACACACACACAUACAGAGACACACACACACACACACACACACACUGCUGUGAGCAGUUCCAUGAGACUCGGGUCGUCUACACGGAUCAUAGCGUUGAAUUAGAAGAAGAGUCCAAUAUGAGUUAUUACUGUUAUAAUUGAUACGUUGCACUGCUUGGAUCUUGGUAACUUUGAAGUUUGGAAUCUGGUAGUUUGGAUAUGAUAUAUUUAAGAUACUUGAAAAACUUGAACCUAUUUUUUGUUUGAUAUAUUUGUAGGUAUAUUUGAUGCAUUGGCUGCUAUGGGGGAAAGUGUCUCGAAGGCUUUUUGAUUUAAAUGUGUUUGUUUUUGUUGAUUUGAUGAUUCCUCCUCAAGCUAACGUGCA